AUGGGGGGGCGGGCGGGGGAGGUGGGCGCUUGCAGAACGGAGGGAGGGGGGGGGGAUCGCGGGCGUGAGGGGGGGGGAAGGUGGGGCAAUGGUGGGCGGUGGGGUGAAGGUGAGGGCAGUACUAGGGGGGGGCGGCGUGAAGGGGGAGGCGAGGGGGGCCGUGCCCCCGGAGGAGCCCCGAUUUCGGCGGGCGGGGGGCGAACGUGGGCGGCUUGGGGGAGACGGAUGGCCACGGGACUAAGAGGGGGUGGGAUUGCUUGGGUCAGGGAGGCGAGGCGGGGGCGUGAGGGCCACAGGGGGAACUACGGGGGCUGCGAAGGGGUCACGGAACGAGUGAGGGUGGCCAGGCCGAGGGGGAGGGGGGGGGUGUAG